AUGGACAGUGAUUCAUGCCCUGAGGAUCAUACCGAUCCAGGCUCAUAUCAAUUACCAAAGAGACAGAAAAUAAACCACACCGGUAGCUUGACCUUAUUGCGACAUGAUUCAUAUACCGUCGCGUGGAUUUGUGCUUUGCCCCUCGAGAGGGCAGCGGCCCUUAUCAUGCUGGAUGAAGAGCAUGCGCCAUUACCGAUAUAUCUUGGUGACAGUAACACGUACAAGCUUGGCAAUAUCAAGCAGCAUAAUGUCGUGAUUGCAUGUCUACCAUCAGAUCAUUAUGGAACUGUCAAUGCGGCCAAUGUGGUGACGAACUUGACACGAACUUUCCCAGAAGUCAAGGUAGGAUUGAUGGUCGGGAUCGGUGGCGGAGUACCUAGCAAGGCAAAUGAUAUAAGACUGGGAGAUGUUGUGGUUGGAUCAAGAGUUGUACAGUAUGAUCUGGGUAAGAUUAUCGGUGAUGGAGAGCUACAGACGACAUCUUGGCCAAAGUUUCCGCACCAACUACUUAGCACGGCGGUUUCUGCUUUAAGGUCGGAGCAUGAGCGAGGCCCUAGUCAGAUACCGUUAAUCCUAAAUCAGAAGCUAGAGGGUCACUCUAACUAUCGUCGCCCGAAAUUGCCGGAUCGUCUCUUCCACACCGAGUACAAUCAUGAGUUUGCUGAUCAAGAUUGUGAUCAAUGCGAUCAGUCCAAAUUGGUUUCACGGGGCAGACGGGUCUCCAACGAUACUGUGAUUCAUUAUGGUCCAAUUGCCUCAGCGAACCAAGUGAUGAAAAGCGGCGCCACCCGAGAUCACCUUGCUCAACAGCUGAAGGUAAUGUGCUUCGAGAUGGAAGCAGCGGGCGUGAUGGACACUUUGCCUUGUCUGACAAUUCGUGGAAUAUGCGACUAUUCGGACUCCCACAAGAGCAAGGGCUGGCAGAGAUAUGCCGCAGCGACGGCGGCUGCAUAUGCAAGAGAGUUACUCGGGGAGCUAUCUACGACCAAAUGUGAUCGGAACCAUCCCUUUGAAUUCAACUCAAGUGAGUCGAUAUUCCGUUCUUUCAAUGUAUUGCCUUACAGCUGCUCAUACCUCAUAGCAAAUGAGAACUCACCACACGAAUCUCGAAAGCUUCUACUGGACUCUUUAAAUUUUGGCCAAAUUGCUUCCAGGAAGUUGAAUAUUAAAAGCGCUCAUCCAAAGACAUGCCGAUGGUUCCACGAACAUCCCGACUAUCAAGCAUGGCUUGACCCAACACGACUAGUGGACCACCACGGAUUUUUAUGGGUCAGUGGCAAGCCAGGCGCUGGCAAAUCAACGAUUAUGAAAUCUACCUACUCGGACAUGAAAAAGAGACACAAUCGCCGGAGAAAUGUUCUUGUUGCCUCGUUUUUCUUCAAUGCCCGAGGCGAGUACCUAGAGAGAUCUAUUCUGGGGAUGUAUCGAUCAUUACUUUUCCAGCUUCUCAAGGGGUAUCCUUCCCUCCAGUCAGUGCUAGAUGACUCCGACGUUAUUUCACACGGAUGUACUUCUUUGAAUGUUUUGAAGGACCUCUUCAGUACUGCAGUUCUGAGUCUUGGAGAGAGAUCUCUUACUUGUUUUGUGGACGCCCUUGAUGAGUGCGAUGAACAACAAGCUGUGGACAUGGUUCAGUACUUUGAAGACCUCGCCGAGCAGUCUACGUCUGAAAAUAUUUUAUUUAAAGUCUGCUUUUCUAGUCGUCAUUAUCCUUAUCUCACCCUCAAAAAAGGGAUUCGACUUACACUUGAGGAUCAGAUAGGCCAUUCACAAGACCUAGAGACCUAUGUCACAGGCCGCCUUCAAAUUCAAGACCCAGUGCUGAAAGCAGAGUUACAGACAGGGCUUCUCGACAAGGCUUCCGGUGUUUUUAUGUGGGUUGUCCUAGUUGUGGACAUUCUCAACAAAGAAGAGCGAAGAACGGGAUUAUAUUUACGGAACAGACUUGACGAGAUACCGAGUGAUUUGAGCGAUCUGUUCAAAGAUAUCCUCAGGCGGGAUAAUGAUAAUAUGGAGGAGCUUCUUCUUUGUGUUCUUUGGAUUCUUUAUGCAGCUUAUCCACUCCAACCAAAAGAGCUUUACCAUGCUCUCUGGUCUGGCUUAGCGCUCAAAGGCCGAGUCAAGGGUAGGCCGAUGAUCUUCAGCGACCCAGAUUCAAGUGCCAAUUUGGGAAAGUUUACCAGAUUCGUCACCAGCUCUUCCAAAGGCCUCGCCGAGGUCACAACGUCCGAAACUCCAAAAGUGUAA